AUGGCUUCCAAUUACUCCCUCCUCCUUCUCCUCCUCCUCGCCGUCGGCGUCUCGGCCGAUCCUGAUCUCAACGGACUUCUCAACAGCCUCUCUCACGGAUCCGUCACUUCCCUUCACGACACCAUGCAAUGCAUGCAGAAACUGCUGCCCUGCAAAGCCUACCUCAACGUUUCCGCCACCGAACCGCCGCCGGAGACCUGCUGCUCCUCCUUGAAGGACGUCGUGGACAACGACUUCGAGUGCCUCUGCCGUUUCUAUAAGGAUCCUCAGAUCCUCCCUACCUUGAAUAUUACCAGGCAUGAUGCCCUCCAGCUCCCUAAGGCCUGUAAUGUCCGUCUUCGCCUUUCCAAAUGCAAAGAUGAAGCGAAUUCUCCAACCCCAACUCCAACUGAUGCUUCUUCAUCAACAAAUCAAGCAGCAGCUGCAGCUGCAGUACUUGCAGCAGCAGAGAAGUCCAUUUCAGGCGCAAAUGCCAGCCAAGAUGUGCCUGCAGCCACUUCUGGUAGUGAUUCAACCAAAAGAAUCACGUAUUUCGGUGUUGUUCUUGUAGCCUCUGCUUCAUUGUUAUUCAUGAACUAA